AAUUAUCAAGAGGGGAAAGAAGAAGUUUUGAAUAUAGCUAAUUUAGGUGAGAAAGUCUACUGUUUUAGCUAAUUUAAAAUUUCUUAAGAGCUUUUUGCAAAGAAAAACAAAUGUUACCAUCCCUUUACUUCGGUACUUUAUGAUAACAGUCCAGUUCUGCACAGGCUUUAAAGGCAGUUUGAUUUCUCUCAGCGCGGAGACGAGAGAGAGAGAGAGAGAGAGAGAGAGAUGGGGGUAGCAUCCCUGGGUUUAUCUCUUGUUCCCUUGACACUUGACUCACCCUCCUGCUUCUCUUCUUCACCUCCUCCCUUCCAUUCGUCUCGAUGUACUUCUUCUUCUUCUUCAACAGCUACUGUGUUGUGUUCGGGUCCCUUUUCAUACAACAGAAGCUCUAUUGAUGCCAAAUCCAGAGUCUUCCCUUCGGUAAUAAGCAGGAGCAGAGGACUACCCUACCUUUACCUUACGGUCUCCUCAUUUCCAGUAUUCUCUAAACGGCAGGUCUGCAGGGCAGCUUCUGAGGAUGAUGACGAGACUGAUGAUACCGAUGUGUCUGAUGAGGAUUUUGAUGUUGACGCGGUUAAUGAGUACAAGUUUCCCGACCCCAUUCCUGAAUUCGCCGAAGCUGAGACGGAAAAGUUCAAGACCCAUCUCCUUAAAAGCCUCUCAAAGAGAGAAGAUAUCUUUGGAGAUUCGGUUGAAGAAAUUGUAGAAAUUUGCACCGAGAUCUUGGGUACCUUCUUCCACGCAGAGUAUGGUGGUCCUGGCACACUAUUGGUGAACCCCUUCAUGGACAUGGCUGAGACUAUAAACAAAAAGGGCUUGCCUGGAGGACCACAAGCUGCGCGUGCUGCAGUUAAAUGGGCCCAAAAUCAUGUUGACAAGGAUUGGAAUCAGUGGACUGGUGCUGAUAGUGAUCAAUAGGGGCAGACCUUGUUGUAUUGUCGUAGGCAUUGAUAAUUAUCAGAGCUGUUGAGCAGAAGUUUUGGAACUUAUUCUGCAGAUCUUGAGCUUCUUGGUAAAUUUUUUGCAAAAUUUAUCAUGAAUUUAUAAAUCCAGUGAGAUGAUGAAUGUAUUUGACUAUAGAUUGUCAAUACAAUGGAAAUUAUGGACAA